AUGGAAUUGGAGAUUCGCCAAGCCCUGAGUGGCAACAGGCAUGGUGGGCGUAAUUCUUCAAGGACAUUUUUGACAUCAAUGGCACCUGUGAUCUCAAGAGAUCCUCUGGUUUUUAUGAAAGCUGCUGCUGCAGUUUGUCAGUUGGAGACAUCAGGAGGUAGGACCUUCGUUGUGUUACUGAAGGAAAAAGAGAAGGAAAAGGACAAAUCUAAAGUAUCAGCUGUUGAGGCUGGAUUAUCUUCCAACGAAUGCGUACGGAUUCCUGAAAAUAAGCUACAUGAUGUAUCAGGUAAAUGCUCAAAAAAUCACAAAAAAAUCCCUGCCAAUCUCACUCAAGUGAUAGAUCAGCUUCUUGAAAUAGUCUUGAAAUACCAUUUCCCAAAGAGCCAGGAGGACUGUGUGAAUAACCUAUCUGCUAUGGAGGUUGAUGAGCCUGCUAUGAAGGUAAAGGGUAAAUCAAAGGUUGAUGAGACAAGGAAAUUGGAGUCUGAAUCUGAAAGAUCUGCAGGGUUGGCCAAGGUGACCUUUGUUCUCAAGUUACUGAGUGAUAUUCUUCUGAUGUAUGUACAUGCUGUUGGGGUUAUACUUAAACGGGAUUUGGAAAUGACUCAUUUGCGGGGAUCUAAUCAACUGGAUGGUCCUGGACUUGGUGGUAUACUUCACCAUGUAAUUCAUCGGUUGCUUCCGCUCACCAUAGAUAAAUCUGCUGGACCUGAUGAAUGGAGAGACAAGUUGUCUGAAAAAGCUUCUUGGUUUCUGGUAGUUCUGUGUGGUCGUUCCAGUGAAGGGCGCAGACGAGUAAUUAAUGAACUUGUUAAAGCUUUAUCCUCAUUUUCUAACUUGGAUUCUAGUUCCACUAAGAGCAUCUUAUUGCCGGAUAAAAGGGUUUAUGCUUUUGUUGAUUUGGUGUAUUCUAUUUUGUCAAAAAACUCAUCAUCCAGCAACUUACCUGGUUCCGGGUUUUCACCAGACAUAGCGAAAAGCAUGAUAGAUGGGGGAAUGAUUCAGUGUCUGACUGGUAUCCUUCGUGUGAUUGAUUUGGACCAUCCUGAUGCUCCCAAAACUGUGAAUUUGAUACUCAAGGCUUUAGAAAGCCUAACAAGGGCUGCUAAUGCUAGUGAGCAAUAUUUUAAAUCUGAUGAGACGAACAAGAAAAAAUCCACAGGAUUAAAUGGAAGAUCUGAUGAUCAGGUAACUGCCGCAUCAGGGGAUAAUACUGUGGGGCAUAAUCAGAAUGUAAGCAGUGAGCAGGAUGCGACAGAUGCCGUACAGACUGAACAAGUGGGUCAAGGAGCUUCUCAAAGUGAAGGUAAUCCUGAUGCAAAUCCAAACCAGUUGGUGGAACAGGACAUGAGAAUAGAUGUUGAAGGACCACUAGCUUCUAAUCCACCUAUGGAGCUUGGGAUGGAUUUUAUGCGUGAAGAGAUUGAUGGUAAUGUAUUACACAACACUGAUCAAAUUGAUAUGACUUUCCGUGUUGAGAAUAGGGCAGAUGAUGAUAUGGGUGAUGAAGAUGAUGACAUGGGUGAUGAUGGUGAGGAUGAUGAUGAUGAUGAUGAGGGAGAGGAUGAGGAUGAGGAUAUAGCAGAAGAUGGUGGUGGUAUGAUGUCUCUUGCUGAUACUGACGUGGAAGACCAUGAUGAUACUGGCUUGGGAGAUGAUUACAAUGAUGAGAUGAUAGAUGAAGACGAUGACGAUUUUCAUGAGAAUCGUGUCAUAGAGGUGAGAUGGAGGGAAGCCCUUGAUGGGCUUGAUCAUUUGCAGGUACUUGGACAGCCUGGAGCUGCAAGUGGUCUCAUUGAUGUUGCUGCUGAACCUUUUGAAGGGGUUAACGUGGAUGACCUGUUUGGUCUACGAAGGCCGUUAGGUUUUGAUCGCCGCCGUCAGACAAGUAGGUCUUCCUUUGAGCGAACUGUUACAGAAGCAAAUGGCUUUCAACAUCCUCUGCUUUUAAGACCUUCCCAGUCUGGGGAUUUGGUCUCAAUGUGGUCAGCAGGUGGAAAUUCAUCCCGGGAUUUAGAAGCCCUGUCAUCAGGGAGCUUUGAUGUAGCUCAUUUCUACAUGUUUGAUGCUCCUGUUCUUCCAUAUGAUCACGUACCAAGCAAUCUUUUUGGUGACCGUUUGGGUGGUGCAGCACCCCCACCUUUGACUGAUUAUUCUGUAGGUAUGGACUCAUUGCAGUUAUCAGGACGAAGAGGACCAGGUGAUGGUCGAUGGACUGAUGAUGGCCAACCUCAAGCAGGUCCUCAAGCAGCUGCUAUUGCACAGGCAGUGGAGGAACAGUUUAUAUCUGAAUUACGAAGUAUUGCUCCUGCUGAUAUCCCUGCUGAACGACAGUCCCAGCACUCCAGAGUGCAGGAGAAACAGCCAGAUCACCCUCCUUUAAAUGAUAGUCAAGUAGCAGCAGAGAAUGAUGACAGCAGCCAUCAACGAAACGAAGAUCAACAUCAAGACAGGGGUGGUGAAACAACACAUCAAAUUAUCUCAAGUUCUGAGAGUGUUCCCUGCCAAGAACAAGUCAAUCCAGAAUCUGUUGGUUCCGAGGUACCUGAACCAAUGUCAAUUCAGCCACCUUCACUGAACGGUACACCAAAUGAUAGCAUGGACACUGGUGAUGGGAAUGGUGCUGCUGGUGAGCAACUUGGGUCAGUGCCAGAGUUAGUCAGUGCUGAUUUACAAUGUGAAGGGGGUUCUGAAGUUCCUUCUAAUGUACAUGAUGUUACAGUGGAGGCCGUGGGUUGUGAUGGAUCCUCAAGAACAGAGGGCCAGGUUGGUAAUGUGUCGGCAAGUUUCGGCUUCGAAGCACCUAAUCCAGGUGAUUCUCAUACUUCUUCGGUGCCAACAAAUGUUGAUGUUGAUAUGAAUUGCAUUGAUGAAGUAAAUCAAACGGGCCAUCCCAUGCCUGCUUUUGAAAAUGGUACAGAUGAGCCAUCAAGACAAAACACAUUGGUUGCUCCAGAAGCUAAUCAGGCUGAACCAGUUAGUUUGAAUAAUGAGGCUCCUGGUGCUAAUGCAAUUGAUCCGACCUUCCUGGAGGCUCUGCCUGAAGAUUUGAGGGCUGAAGUUCUUGCUUCACAGCAAGCUCAGCCUGUUCAACCUCCAUCUUAUGCACCACCUUCUGUGGAUGACAUCGAUCCUGAGUUUUUAGCUGCCCUUCCUCCAGAUAUCCAAGCAGAAGUUUUGGAGCAACAAAGAGCACAAAGGUUUGCACAGCAGGCUGAGGGACAACCAGUUGACAUGGACAAUGCUUCGAUAAUUGCUACUUUUCCUGCUGAUUUACGCGAAGAGGUACUUUUAACUUCUUCAGAAGCUGUUCUGUCUGCAUUGCCUUCUCCAUUACUUGCAGAAGCCCAAAUGCUAAGAGAUCGAGCAAUGAGUCAUUAUCAGGCUCGCAGUCUUUUUGGAAGCAGCCACAGGCUAAAUAAUCGGAGAAAUGGAUUGGGUUUUGACCGGCAGACAGUAAUCGACAGGGGAGUUGGAGUCACAAUUGGUCGGAGGGCAGUUUCUGCUCUUGCGGACAGCUUGAAGGUUAAGGAAAUUGAAGGAGAGCCGCUUCUGGAUGCUAAUGCUUUGAAAGCCUUAAUUAGGCUUCUACGACUAGCCCAGCCCCUUGGUAAAGGACUCUUGCAGAGGCUCUUGUUAAACUUGUGCACCCAUAGUGUUACAAGAGCAAUCUUAGUUCGUCUUUUGCUCGAUAUGAUCAGACCUGAGGCUGAAGGCUCAGUCAGUGGACUAGCAACUAUUAAUUCCCAAAGGCUUUACGGUUGCAAUUCAAAUGUUGUUUAUGGUCGAUCACAGUUAUUGGAUGGUCUUCCUCCCUUGGUGUUGCGUCGAAUUCUUGAGAUAUUGACUUAUUUGGCUACAAAUCAUUCUGCUGUGGCAAAUAUGUUGUUCUACUUUGACUUCUCAGGCGUUCCUGAACCAUUUUCUAUCCAUAUGGAAACCAAGAAGGAUAAAGGCAAGGAGAAAAUGGGAGAGGGAGGAUAUUCAUCAAAAAUUUCUGGAAACACCCAGGACGUGAAUGUUCCCCUGAUAUUGUUCCUAAAACUCCUGAACCGGCCUCAUUUUUUACAUGGCACUGCUCAUCUUGAGCAGGUCAUGGGCCUGCUUCAGGUUGUUGUUUAUACCUCAGCUUCAAAAUUAGAGGGUCGUUCUCAAUCUGAAAGGGUAGAUGGGAAUUCUCAAAAUCUAGCCAUAAAUGAAGCUUCAGGAGAUGGUCAAAAGGGUCCUGCUUUGGAACAAGAAUCUGAUCAUGGGGAUAAGCCUAUUAGUGGUGAAUCUUCAACUUCAGAUGGAAAGAGGAAUGCAGAUACUUAUAAUAUUUUCUUGAAGCUGCCAGAAUCUGAUCUGCACAACCUUUGCAGCCUUCUUGGUCGUGAGGGGCUUUCAGAUAAAGUUUAUAUGCUUGCUGGUGAGGUCCUGAAGAAGUUGGCUUCAGUUGCAGCUGCCCAUCGAAUUUUUUUUAUCUCAGAGCUUUCAGAACUAGCUCAUGGGUUGAGUGCAUCAGCUGUUGGGGAGCUUGUCACCCUCCGAAAUACACAGAUGUUGGGUUUGAGUGCUGGGUCUAUGGCUGGGCCAGCAAUCUUACGUGUAUUACAAUCCCUUUGCUCACUUACUUCACCUAGGGCUAGUGAGAAUUCAGGACUGGAGAAUGAUGCGGAGCAGGAGGAGCGUGCCACCAUGUCGAAGCUAAAUGUGGCACUUGAGCCAUUGUGGCAAGAAUUGAGCAACUGUAUAAGUGCAACUGAAACACAUCUGGGUCAGAGCUCUUUCUGUCCAACCAUGUCUACUAUAAAUAUUGGGGACCAUGUACAGGGUUCUUCUUCUUCGUCUCCUCUCCCUCCUGGAACCCAGAGACUCCUGCCUUUUAUGGAGGCAUUUUUUGUUUUGUGUGAAAAGCUACAAGCAAACCUCGCUAUUACGCUGCAAGAUAAUGCGAAUGUGACUGCAAGAGAAGUCAAAGAAUCUGCUGGAAACUCAGAUCCUUCAACUGCUAAGUGCCACAGUUGCGGGGAUUCUCAGAGAAAACUUGAUGGUGCUGUCACAUUUACAAGGUUCGCUGAGAAGCAUCGCCGGCUUUUGAAUGCCUUUAUCAGACAGAAUCCAGGUUUGUUGGAGAAAUCCCUUACUAUGAUGCUGGAGGCACCAAGGCUAAUCGAUUUUGACAACAAGAGAGCAUAUUUCCGAUCAAGAAUUAGGAAAGAACAUGAGCAACAUCUCUCUGGUCCACUGAGAAUAAGUGUUCGCCGGGCUUAUGUUUUGGAGGACUCUUACAAUCAGUUGCGCAUGCGGCCUAAUCACGACAUGAAGGGACGAUUAAAUGUUCAAUUCCAAGGGGAAGAGGGUAUUGAUGCUGGCGGUCUGACACGAGAGUGGUAUCAAUUACUAUCACGGGUUAUAUUUGACAAGGGCGCAUUGCUUUUCACCACUGUAGGAAACAAUGCAACUUUCCAGCCAAACCCUAAUUCUGUCUUCCAGACGGAACAUCUUUCUUACUUUAAAUUUGUGGGCCGUGUGGUUGCAAAGGCACUUUUUGAUGGGCAACUUUUGGAUGUUUAUUUCACUCGAUCCUUCUACAAGCACAUACUUGGUGUAAAGGUGACUUACCAUGAUAUAGAGGCUGUGGAUCCUGAUUACUACAAGAAUUUGAAGUGGAUGCUGGAGAAUGAUGUGAGUGAUAUACCUGACCUGACGUUUAGCAUGGAUGCGGAUGAAGAAAAACAUAUCCUUUAUGAGAAAAACCAGGUUACUGAUUAUGAGCUCAAACCGGGAGGAAGAAAUAUUAGGGUUACAGAAGAAACUAAGCAUGAGUAUGUUGACCUUGUAGCUGAACACAUCUUGACAAAUGCUAUCCGUCCUCAAAUUUUUUCUUUCCUGGACGGGUUCACUGAAUUGGUCCCGAGAGAGCUUAUAUCUAUUUUAAUGAUAAGGAGCUUGAGCUACUUAUCAGUGGUCUUCCAGAGAUUGAUUGUAUCUGAAUGGUGCAUUGGCCUUGCAGUGGAUGAUUUGAAGGCCAACACUGAGUAUACUGGCUACACGGUAGCAUCUAGUGUUGUUGAAUGGUUUUGGGAGGUGGUUAAAGGUUUCAACAAGGAAGACAUGGCAAGACUGCUGCAAUUUGUGACUGGAACAUCAAAGGUUCCGUUAGAGGGGUUCAGGGCUUUGCAAGGUAUCUCUGGUGCUCAGAGAUUUCAGAUUCACAAGGCAUAUGGAGCUCCUGACAGGCUGCCCUCUGCUCAUACAUGCUUUAAUCAACUAGACCUUCCUGAGUACACCUCCAAAGAACAGCUUCAUGAACGGUUGAUGCUUGCUAUUCAUGAAGCUAGUGAAGGAUUUGGCUUUGGUUAA